GAAACAGUUUCAAGUUACUAGGCCCAAUAUGAGUGGCUCGGCCAGCCCGACCGAAGGGAUUCCCCGACUUCUGUAGUUUUGAGUCUGGUACUACAAAAUUUGGGGAUGGAGGUGGGAGAGGUGGUAGAGAAGGAAGAAAUCUGAUACUGCUUGUUUUUGGAAACAGAAGAAAUUUAAGAGAAGAAAAAGCAUAGGAUGGAUGGAAUUGGAGAGGAGGGAGGAGGAAUAAGGCUGAGCAAGAGGUUCUCCGACAACAAGCCUGGCUCUUCGGGGGAAGUUGAUUACAAGACAAAGGCAGGGACCGCUUGGAGCCAUUCCUAUCUCAACCAAAAGCCAUGGCAUCCCCUCUCCUAUCCCAACCAACGUCGCAAGUGGAUCGCCGAGCAGACCCAUUCCCACCGCAUGCGCCGUGCCGAGGAAGUUGCCCGCGAGUAUGCCCAAGAGCAAGAAUUCUUUCGCCAGACUGCUCUAAUUUCCAAGAAAGAGAAGGAAAAGGUGGAGAUGAUGAAAGCUGUUAGCUUUAUGUAUGUUCGUCCGCCUGGUUAUAAUGCUGAAAGUGCCAAAGCAGCAGAGAUUGCUGAUGAGAGGAAAAGGAUUGAGCCCAACAACGUAUCCGAUGAUCAGUCUACUGAUGUGGUCUCAACUGCAAUGCCGAAGGAGUCUUUGCCUGGUAAAGAUCCUAACGGUGCAGAGAAGAAAAAACCAAGACCAAAAGAUGUUUUUGGGCGUCCUUUACCGACUGAGGAAGAGUUUGAAAUCCUUAAAAAUGCUCCACGGCUGGAGACUGGUGUUCUUGGAAGGGUUAAACCAUUUGGUGUUGAAGUCCGUAAUGUGAAAUGUCUUAGGUGUGGGAAUUAUGGGCACCAGAGUGGUGAUCGUGAGUGUCCAUUGAAGGAUGCAAUAAUGCCAAAUGAAGAGAGUCGCUUGAAAAGAGAUGACCCCUUGACUGCUAUCAUGGCUCAAAUGGAUCCUACUGAGCCUCUGAAGUGGGAGCUAAAGCAAAAACCAGGGAUGAGUCCUCCUCGCGGUGGAUUUCAACCAGAUGAUCCCAAUCAACAAAUAGUCGCUGAGGAUAUAUUUGAUGAGUAUGGAGGAUUCCUUUCUGGGGGUAAUAUCCCUGAUUUGCUGACUAACUUUUCUUGCAAACCCAAGAAAAGGAAGUCCUCAAGCAAGAGUAAACACAAGAGGCAGUCAUCCCCAAGUAGUAGGGAAUUAGAGGUUCCUGAUCAAGAUGGAUUACCUUCACCUGCACAUUCUGAUGAUGAUGAGAGAAGGUCAAAGAGGAAGAAGAAAACCAAGAAGAAGAAGAAGAAGAAGAAGAGGCAGAAUUAUUCUGAGUCAAGCUCUUCUGACGGUUUAGAUUUUGAUAGGCAUCAGAGAAAAAGAAGAAAUAAAUAUUCUUAUUCAUCUGAAGACUCUGACUCUGACAGGCAAUACAAGACUAAACACAAGUGUUCUUAUUCAUCUGAAGACUCUGACUCUGACAGGCAAUACAAGACAAAGGAAAGCAGAGAAAAGCUUUCAUAUACAUCUGAAGAUUUGGACUCUGAUCAAGAAUGCUGGGGUAAAAGGAGCAGAUCAAAGCACUCUUAUUCAUCUGAGGACUUUGAUAGGCAUCAUAGGAAGAUCAAACAUAAGUGUUCUUAUUCAUCUGAAGAUUCUGACUCUGGCAGGCAUGAUUUGAAGAAAAAGAGUACCCAAAAGCCUUAUACCUCGGAUCGUAUGGAUGUGGAUAGGCACUGGAGUAAAAGGAGCGGACAAAAGCAUUCUUAUUCAUAUGAGGAUGAUGAUGGGCAUGAUAGGAAGAGCAAAAACAAGUAUUCCUAUUAUUCUGACCAUGGUAGGCAAGAGCAUAGGAAAAAGACUAGGCAAAAACCUUAUAUCUCGGAAGAUUUGGGCACUGAUACGCGUAAUAGGAGUGAAAGGAGCAGACAUAAGCAUCCUCAUUCGUCUGAAGAUGAUGCUGAUAGACAUGUUAAAAGUGAAAAGAGUCGACACAAGCAUUCCUCUUCACGCCAAUAUGAAGAUUCGGACUUUGAUGCAGACAGCAGAAGUAGACAUCAUCCUCGUCGUCAUUGAGGCAGCCAUAAGCACCCAAAAUUUGCAACAGAAUGAGACUCUGGCCGUUAACCACUUUUUUUUUGGCAUAUACUAGAGAGACCAAGGUGAAGGAGAGUGGGGAAAUUAUACUGUUGUUGCAAGCUAUUACUUAGAAUCAUAAGAAAUGAAGUCACUUCCAUGAAAAACAUAUGUAUCGCUUGUCUAUCAUUGGAGUUGUUGCAAGUUGUAAACCAUGGCGACCUUUAUUCUUCCAAAAGUUCUGAGAUAUUUCAUUUAAA